AUGAUUCCAUGGAUGGAUAAUUUAAGAUUGACCUUCUUCAUCCGUGAAACAGACGAGCAAAGACCGUUUGGACCUUAUAUGUUUUCACUUGUGCCGAUGGGGAACGCGAGCCUGCGAGCAAUGGAAGAACAGAAGAGACGUCUUCUUGAGGAGGGCGAUAAUAGCGACACUGGUUCCUCUUAUACCCUUCGACGCAAACGCGCAGUCCAAUGCCUUUCGUGGUCAAACAGAAGUGGAAAGUUCUCCCUCGUUUACGUCGUUCUUUUGCAUCUGGCCAUCGUCUUUCUAUCUACAGCUUUGAUUUAUCAAGCCGACCCCGAGGCCGAGCUUACCCCAGCUGCGGGCGCGAUUAGCUACAUCACAAAAGUCGAGAGGUCGAACGGAUCUGCCAUGCAUAGCCAAUAUACUGGACCGCCCAGCGAGCGUAACAAUCGGGCCUGGGAAGACCUCGUCAGCCGUGAGCAAAACCAGGCAAUUCCUUCAGAGACUGUCAUCCUUCAGAGACUGUCAUCCUAA